AUGGCAAAUUUCAGUUCUUUCUCUUCAUCUUCCACUCCUCCUCCUCCGUCUUUCUCGUACAUUUCAGCUCCGUCUUCUUCUUCACUCUUCGAUGACGACUCUUCUGAGGAUUCGUGUAGUAUUUGCUUAGAGUCCUUCAGCGUUCAUGACCCAUCCACUGUUACCUGUUGCAAACAUGAAUAUCACCUGCAUUGCAUACUUGAAUGGUCACAGAGAAGCAAAGAAUGCCCAAUAUGUUGGCAAUCACUUUCUUUGAAAGACCCUGCCAGCCAAGAGCUUCUUGUUGCCGUGGAGGCUGAAAAAGGCUUAAGAUCAAGAAACGAUAAUUCAUCUUCACAUACUAAUUUUCCUGUCGCCUUUGAACGUUUUAAUGGUGACCAUGAUGCUUCUCGCUCAGAUGACAUUGAUUUUGAUGAGCAAAUUAUGCAGCACCUAUAUGCUGCUGCAAAUAGAGCUCGUUUUGUUCGGAGACAGAGAAGACAAGGAUCGUCUGGAGCAGGUCCAUCAGAGGUAUCUGGGGUGCAACCGACUCGUACAACUUCACCAGCUAGUAAUAGUUCUCUGACCACUGGUCUACCAUCGACUGCCGACCUUCAUCCCGAGGUUGCAAGAAACAUUAGCCCCGAGACUGAUGUCUCUUACCGACCCAGAGUUCUUUACAGUCCGUCACCACCUCCGGAUGGGAGGAAACUAAAUACUUCCGAGGUGUUCUCCUUGCCCGAGUCCAUCAAAUCCAAACUUUCUGCCGCUUCAGCCAGAUAUAAGGAAUCAAUUUCCAAAAGUACCCGUGGACUCAAAGAGAAGUUACUUGCUCGUAAUGUGACUGUGAAAGAGCUGAGUAAAGGUGUUCAGCGUGAGAUGAAUGCAGGCAUAGCUGGAGUUUCACGUAUGAUUGAACGCCUUGAACUUGCAUCAAAAAGGUCUAAUUCUCCUAUCGUUCCGGUCCGUAAUGAGGGAACUUCAGGCUUUCAAAAUGAAACUAGUGGAGGUGUGGUUCAUAAUGUUAGUUCAGUUGCUCCCUCACACAUUUCUAGCACUGCUGUUGUUGGUCGAAUGGAAAUUCCUCCAUGUGUUCAGAGUGGACAUGAUGCUGUGAAGAUUUAA